AUGGUAUCCCUUGAUUUGGAUUCAAGCUCGGACUCUGAAGGCGAAGCGCGCCGCCCAACUAACUCAAUGUCAGAUUCAAACUCUGACAACGAACCGAGCUCCGGCAAUAACGUCGCGGCGAGGAUUGAUUCUUCAGACAGCUCCGAUGACGAGCCAAACAAAAGCCCGCCACCCCGAGCCACCACUCCGACAGGAAUGAGUUCCGGAAGCUCCUCAGAUUCAGACGCUCCCGUCCAGAACCAAGGAGGAGGGACUCCAACUUACGGCCAGUCUGAUAGUGGAUCAGACUCGGAUGAUGAUAUCAAAAAGGCUCAGAAUACCGCGUUGCCCACUUCGUCAGAUGAUUCGGAUGAUGAUAACGUCAACAAAACAAAGCCUGCAAGUGAAGUUGAUAACAUGUUUGGUGAUAUGUCGUCUGACGAGUCUGGGGAUGAAAAGACGCAAUCUCAGUCCCAGUCACAAGCAUUGUCAACGCAGGACGACCCGAUGGCAGGGUCGGAUGACGAGGACAAGCGUGAUCAAACAAUCAUUCCCGUCGAAAUUCCGAAGAUCAACACGAACUUAGGCGAGCAAAUCAACUUCGUGCGCUUUCCGAAUUUCCUAUCAGUCGAACCAAAGCCCUUCGAUCCCGCCCACUACGAAGACGAGGUGGAAGAAGACGAUGACCUCGAUGAGGAAGGAAGAACGCGAUUGAAACUGAAAGUUGAGAAUACGAUCAGAUGGAGAAAAGUUGCUCAGCCGGACGGAACGGAAAAGGUUGAAUCAAAUGCGAAAAUCGUCCGCUGGUCAGAUGGAACUCAGAGUUUGAUCUUGGGAAAUGAAAAGUACGACAUUCAGAGUAUGAAGCUCAAGGGAGACUUCAACCAUCUGUUUAUUCGACAGGGAACUGGCCUUCAAGGACAGGCUGUUUUCCAAACUAAACUCACUUUCCGUCCAUCUUCAACGAAUUCUCUUACUCACAAGAAGAUCAUGGGCAGACUUGCGCAAAGGAUCAACAAUCCGAUGCAAAAAGUCAAAGUCAUCCCAGUCAGUGGAAACGAUCCUCACAAGGAGCGCGAGCGCCUUAUCAGAGAAGCAGAUGAACGAGGAAAGGCUGAAUUGCGCCGAGAGCAGCAACGGCAGAAGAUGCGAGAGCGAGAAAUGCGCAAGAACAUGGGAGCAGGAUACUUGGAGGACGACGAUGACAAUUCAUACAGUUUGAAUGCGAUCAAAAGAGGCGUCCACAACCGAAGCGAUUCGGAGAGCUCCGAGGAUUAUGCAGAGAGACGGGGUCCGAUCAAGAAAUUCGAGGAUUCAUCUGACGAUGAAGACACCUUCGCUAGAAAUCGAAACAAAAGUGGGGGUGACUCUGAUGAUUCAGACGCUCCAAAGCACAAAAAACAUGUUAUCAACGAUUCCGAUGACUCUGACGAUUCGGAUGCGAAAUCGGCAAAGUCAGACAACUCCGACAAGUCAGCAAUGUCUGACUCUGAUUAG